AAGAGCUAAGGCUAGCAGGUAAAGCAUGGCAAUGACGGGCCAAAGCUCAUGCUCUUCCAUGAGUAACCACACCAAGGAACGUGUCACCAUGGCCAAGGUGACCCUGGAGAAUUUCUACAGCAACCUAAUUGCCCAGCACGAGGAGAGAGAGAUGAGGCAGAAGAAACUGGAGAAGGUCAUGGAUCAAGAAGGCUUGGCUGAUGAAGAAAAAAGUCGUCGGCGUACUGAGCAUGCAAGGAAAGAGACCGACUUUCUUCGUCUGAAGCGUACACGCCUAGGUUUGGAAGAUUUUGAUUCCCUGAAGGUGAUUGGCCGUGGAGCAUUUGGAGAGGUGCGUCUGGUGCAGAAGAAGGACACUGGCCACGUCUACGCCAUGAAGAUCCUUCGCAAAGCCGACAUGCUGGAGAAAGAACAGGUGGGUCACAUACGUGCUGAGCGGGACAUCCUGGUGGAAGCAGACAGCCUGUGGGUGGUCAAGAUGUUCUACAGCUUUCAGGAUAAGAUGAACCUCUACCUCAUCAUGGAGUUCCUGCCUGGCGGAGACAUGAUGACCCUGCUGAUGAAGAAGGACACCCUGACAGAGGAGGCCACUCAGUUCUACAUCGCAGAGACAGUCCUGGCCAUCGACUCCAUCCACCAGCUGGGCUUCAUCCACAGAGACAUCAAGCCAGACAACCUCUUGCUGGAUUCCAAGGGUCAUGUAAAGCUGUCCGACUUUGGACUGUGCACGGGCCUGAAGAGAGCACAUCGUACAGAUUUCUACAAGAACCUGAAUCAUAGCUUGCCCAGUGACCUCACAUUUCAGAACAUGAACUCCAAGAGAAAAGCAGAGACCUGGAAGAGAAAUAGGAGGCAGUUGGCCUUCUCCACUGUGGGAACACCGGACUACAUUGCUCCUGAGGUUUUUAUGCAAAAUGGAUACAAUAAACUCUGUGACUGGUGGAGUCUUGGAGUCAUCAUGUAUGAGAUGCUGAUAGGUUAUCCACCGUUCUGCUCGGAGACGCCUCAGGAGACGUACAGGAAAGUGAUGAACUGGCGGGAGACGCUCACCUUUCCUCCAGAAGUGCCUAUUUCAGAAAAGGCCAAAGAUCUCAUUCUCAGGUUCUGCUGAUCCUGGGAGCACAGAACCGGUGCUGCUGGUGUGGAGGAAAUCAAGUCCAAUCCGUUCUUUGAAGGCGUGGACUACGACCAUAUCAGAGAAAGGCCUGCCGCCAUCCCCAUUGAGAUCAAAAGCAUCGACGACACCUCAAACUUUGACGAAUUCCCAGAUUCAGACAUCCUCACACCAACAGCCACUCAGGUGUCCAACCACUCGGAUGCUGGCCUGAAGAACAAAGAUUGGGUGUUCAUCAACUACACCUACAAGCGCUUCGAAGGCCUCACCGCCCGAGGAGCCAUCCCAUCAUACAUGAAGUCCACCAAGAGAUGAAGCCGCCUCAGCAAACAAGUCCUUGUCCUAACACUUGUCCCGGCACGCGCCACCGGACCGGGAGACGCUUCAAUUUGUUUGGAAAAGGGCUCCCGCCGAUCGCUUUGCACCGUGGAAACCGCUGCCUUCGUGUCUCUCCGUAUUGACUCUAUCUGAUGCUUCCAGGGCCGCAUUCCUGCUUUUCAAGGAUUCUCUUCUCUUGACUUUUCCGCCAGUGGACGUGGCGGUGAAAUGUUUGUUUUGAACCGCAACACCAGCUCCGUCACAUUCCCUCCUUCAAAGCCAGCAUCGUUCUUCCUCUUUCUAACCAGCAGGCUCUGUUGUUUCUCACCGCUUAGUAAGUGUUUAGUAGACACUUGACAGGCGUCGAGUGCUCUCUUCAGGGAUUUUGUCCAAAUAUGUUGGCUGCGAGUGCUGAAUGAUGUCCAACCAAAGACUGUAUGAAGAACCUCUUCUUCGUGUCCCUGCGUAAUAAUUGCAAAUGGUCAUUUUUAUACACGAUUUGCUUGAUGAUGACAAGAGGGAAUUUAACACGCUACAUACUUAGUCCAGCAUGAUAGCACCUUAUUUGAUGUCUUUUUGGGAGGGUGCUACACCCCCAACCCCUUAAAAAAAAAAAAAAUCCUGGUGAAAUGAAAAUCAUUCCCAUGGAAGCGAAUUCAAAAGUCUCCUCAAAGUUCCCCGUAAGGUUGGUAGAAGCGCAUCCAUCGAGGUUUCUUAUCCAAACUCAACCAAUCUGACUCCCCUUUGCUCUUGACAUAAGCGAGUCCUUUGUAUGUUUAGUUGAAAACUGGAGUCUGCGCCAUGUUUUAAUUUUAAACAUGCUCACGGCCCAGUUGUGCGCACACGCAUAAUGUUCACUUUGGAUCUGUAAUGAAGAGGGCUAAACAGCUUCAACAUCCACAAUAUCCAUUCUGCUGUCUUCCAAAACGAAUGUAAGUCUUAAGGUUUGAUUUCCGACAAUAAUCCCAAAUGCUGAUUGUUCGAAUGUACAAUAAUUGACUAUGGAAGGAAUUGUAAUUCUAAUCGAUCAAACCCAAAGGCAUUGAAUUGACAUCUAAAAGUUUUCUUUUGGUUUUUAACAGGGCCUUCUGUCUUUCAAAUAACUGAUGACAUCAAUCUUACCAAUGGAAAUGAGAAUUGUUUGAUGAAUGCACACACAAGUCAGGUUCCACCGUAUGCAAAUUCUGCUAUCCAAAGCCGCAACAUUGAUUCCUAUGACAUCAGCACAUUGUCACACUUCCGAGCCCACAGUUUGCUUGUAUGACUUUUUAGCAUUGCUAAGUCUUUUCUGACUGUAUCAUCGUAUUGCCUUAUUACAUCAUCAGUGCGACAUUUAAUCUGUUUUUUAAUGAAAGCGAAUUGGCUUCCACAUCUAGUUGUGUCAAUGUUUAGUGCGUGUAAUAUAUGAAGAAGACAAUGAGCACAUUGUAUUUUAGAAGAACUUUCAGUGGAAAUUUUACUUUUCGGCAGGGUACUUUUUUGGUGGGCGGGGGGGAGUGAUGUGUUACUGGAGUAAUUGUGCUUCGUCGCUUUUCAGAACAAUAGAGUCCAUAUUGAUGUGAUAAGAUCUGUGUGUUGUUGCAAAUGAUGCUCUUGUGUGUGUUUGCUUUGUAGUCAUCUGGAAGUGUGAGUGAGGGGAUUUGGGAAGGUGGAUGUACAUUAUAAUUAUUUAAACCACUCGGUGCUGUUUUAUUUUCUUUGCUAUGUGACAAUGAAUUACUCUGCACUUGA